AAACUCCUUGCAGAAAAGCUGCAGCGAGACGCCCCACCCCAAAACAGGCCAGUCAGUGCUCGGCACUUGCUUGGGCUUCGAAAUAGUCUUUCAAAGCAGGGUCCCCGUGGAGCAUCUUGCCUGCUGGGCUCUCUGCUGUUUUGCAGUGGGCUUGAUCUGCCCCUGAAAUCACCUCCGGACCGGUGAAAUCUUCCUGAGCAACCGGCAUAAUCCAGGAGGGAAACAUUUCAUCAGGAAACUCCUGAUCUGCUCUGGUGCAGGCGCUCUCUGAAGUCACUCGCAACCGGGCGAUCUGGCCGCGUACAGAUGACAGCGGGGCCGGCGGUGAAGGAUGUUCUCCUCGGUGAAGGCGUACGAGAAUCAGCGGUACUCGUCCCUGAAGAAGGGCUGCCAGCGGCGGAAGCAGCUCUUUGAGGACCCGCUCUUCCCAGCCACCGAGGACUCCCUCUUCUACAAGUCUCGCAUCCAGGGUAUCCAGUGGAAGCGCCCGAACGAGAUCUGCGACAACCCCUACCUCUUCGUGGAUGGAAUCAGUUCCCAUGACCUGCACCAGGGCCAGGUGGGGAACUGCUGGUUCGUGGCCGCCUGCUCAGCUCUGGCCUCCCGGGAGUCCUUGUGGCAGAAGGUCAUCCCAGACUGGAAGGAGCAGGAGUGGAAUCCCGAGAAGCCCGAGAGCUACGCCGGGAUUUUCCACUUCCAGUUCUGGCGCUUCGGCGAGUGGCUGGACGUGGUGAUCGACGACCGCCUGCCGACGCUUCACAACCAGCUCAUCUACUGCCACUCCAACUCCAAGAACGAGUUCUGGUGCGCGCUGGUGGAAAAGGCCUAUGCCAAGUUGUCGGGCUGUUACGAGGCCCUUGAUGGAGGCAACACAGCCGAUGCGCUGGUAGAUUUUACAGGUGGCGUCUCGGAGCCCAUCGACCUGACCGAAGGGGACUACAUCAACGAUGAAGCCAAGCGCAACCUCCUCUUCGAGCGUGUGCUCAAGGUGCACAGUCGGGGAGGGCUCAUCAGCUGCUCCAUCAAAGCAACCUCAGCAGCUGACAUGGAAGCCCGCCUGGACUGUGGCCUGGUGAAGGGCCAUGCCUACGCGGUGACGGAUGUGCGGAAGGUGCGUCUGGGCCACGGCUUGCUGGCCUUCUUCAAAUCGGAGAAGCUGGACAUGAUCCGUAUGAGGAAUCCCUGGGGGGAGCGGGAGUGGACCGGCCCGUGGAGUGAUACCUCUGAAGAGUGGAAAAAAGUGAGCAAAAGCGAGAGGGAGAAGAUGGGGAUGACGGUGGAAGAUGAUGGAGAAUUUUGGAUGACGUUUGAAGACUUCUGCAGAUACUACACUGACAUCAUCAAGUGCCGGCUCAUAAACACUUCCUAUCUGAGCAUCCACAAGACCUGGGAAGAGUCGGUGCUGCAGGGGGCCUGGGCUAGACACGACGACCCCUUGAAGAACCGUAGCGGGGGCUGCAUCAAUCACAAGGACACCUUCCUGCAGAACCCCCAGUACGUGUUUGACGUGAAGAAGGCAGAAGACGAAGUGCUUAUCUCCAUCCAGCAGAAGCCAAAACGGACAAGCCGCAAGGAGGGCAAAGGAGAGAACUUGGCCAUCGGCUUUGAUAUCCAUAAGGUGGAGCUGAACCGCAACUACCGGAUGCACAUGCUGCAGCAGAAAGUGGCCAGCUCAAUCUUCAUCAACUCCCGGAGCGUGUUCCUGCGGACGGACCUGAAGGAGGGCCGCUACGUCAUCAUCCCAACCACCUUCGACCCUGGCCACGAAGGGGAGUUCCUGCUCAGGAUCUUCACAGAUGUGCCUUCAGACUGCCGAGAGCUGACCUUGGAUGAGCCUCCUCACACCUGCUGGAGCAGAAUGUGUGGCUAUCCACGAGUGGUGUCCCAAAUCCAUGUCCUAGCAGCGGCUGGGCUCAAGAAUCAGGAUUCCCAAGGAGCCGCUGACCCCUACGUGAUCAUUAAGUGCGAAGGUGAAAAAGUUCGAUCUCCGGUGAAGAAAAACACCCUCUCUCCAGAGUUUGACGUUAAAGGGCUCUUCUAUCAGAAGAAACCAGGACAGCCCGUCAUUGUUCAGAUCUGGAACCACAACCUCCUGAACGAUGAGUUCUUGGGUCAGGUGGCUCUAACAGCUGAUCCCAAUGAUGUCCAGUCCACACACACCUUACAUCUCCAAGACAAGGGCAACAAGCAGUCCAAUGACCUUCCAGGAACCAUCGCUGUGAAGCUUGUCAGCAGUAGCAUCCUCACCAAUGUCUAACUCAUCACAGACUCUUCUUCUAGGGCCAUAUAUGUGUAUACAUUAUAUACAGCAUAUAUACUGUCUGCAAGUUGUAUGAACUAUGCAUGCAUCCCAGUUAAAAGCGCCAGUCUUGUGUUUUCAAUGUUUAAAAAAAAAAGAAAAGGUGCCUUUUUGGGGAACCAAAACCAUUUUUUUCUUCAGAUGAGGCAUCCUUUGCAGCCCAUACUAAAGAAGUGUGUGCUGGUGUGCCAGGGCUGAGCGUGUAGUACAUUCUGUGACAGCCAGAGCGAGAUGCCACAAUGCUGUUUGUUUACAUGGGGGUGUCCCACACACGCACACGCAGGCGGACCUCAUGGUCCUCCCAAGCACUAUGCGUCUUAAAUCAACCUGCUUGGGUUUUAGACAACCAUAUAGACAGUCAUUUCCACCAGAGUCUCAUUUGCAUCCUGUAUCUGUAGAAACACAUUCAAGAAGUAGAUAACAAAGUAGUUAGGUUGACCUGGAAGUUUGUAUGUGUUCUUAGCAUGGGUUUGUAUGUCGGCCGUAAGGCAACUGGAUGAAGAAAGUAUCAAGGUAUUUCCGCAGUCUUUCUCAAACCCAGCCAAACUGGUACCGCUUGACAAGACAAAGAUCAUGGAUGGUCCAUCUAGGAUCUGCUGUCUCCACAUGAUCUGCCUUGCUAAGUAUCAACCCGAGUCUUUCACUGCUAACUGUGAGAUAUGGAAAAAG